GUCAAGUGGGAGUUGGCAUACUUGGAGGCAUUGGAACAUCAUCCUUGGCGGAUCGUUGAAACACCCGAAACGGCAGACUUUAUCAUCAUCCCCAUUCCCAUCAAUUCCAUUUCCGUGGCAGGAGACCCCAAGGUGGACAUGCGAAACGCAUUGGAUGCACUCUAUCAAGAAGAGCUGUUCCAAAAGUACCCCGAAAAGCAUGUUUGGAUGACCUUUUUGGAGUAUGCCUUUGCUCCCCGAAAGAACGUCGAUAUCAUGUCCGCCACCAGCCGCACGGAUCCUUCCAAGAAGAAACAAAAGAAGAAGAAGAACAAGAAAGCUGCUGGAAAGGAAAAACCCGAUGCUUCGGGAAUAUACCUUUCGGACUAUCAGCGCCUGGAAAACAUUACCACUGCCUUGGCCAUUGACCAUCAUGCCUGGAAUCACAAGGUGCCUUACCGUGUCAAAGAGGAACAAGGAUGGACGUGUCAAACCAUGCAAAAGGUAUCCUGGGGGGAACCCAUCACCCGACAUUCCUGGUCCAUGUCGCUGAUGGGAGCCGCUACCGAACUCCAAAAUUCCCUGGAACCCCUCACGGUGGAAGCAUUCCGUAACAAGACAUAUCAUUUCCUAUACCAUAGCCGAAGGACACCUUCCAUGUGCAAUUCUACUCCACAUCGGCAUGCACUACUACUCAUGGAUGAGAACAACAACACCCAAACCCGGGAUGCAAUCAAACAGCCCUCGUCCAUUGGGUUUGAUAUCGAACCGUCCGAAUGGCAACGCCGAUUUGUCAAUGUCCAGUACUGUCCGUGUGUGCGAGGGGACACGCCCUUUACACGCUGUGUCUUUCGGUCGAUUCGAGCCGGUUGUGUUCCCAUUGUUGUGAGUGACAGUUUGGAGGACUUUGCACCCAUCUACAAGUCCGUGCUGCGACAGACAGACUACGCCGUGGUAGUGGAAGAAGCACGGUUUCUGGAGAAUCCCGCUCAAGCACUCCAUGACGCGACCCAAAGGAUGACCGCGACGGAGGAACUGGAAACCUUGAUCCACGGCAUGAACUUGGUGAAACGAAUGAUUGUACCCAACUACCCCGACUCACUCUUUGUGGAAGCGUUUGCGCAUGAAACUGUGGCAAGUCAACAGCAGGAAUAUUAUGAUUACAGGUAA